AUUCAGGCUCCCCAGAUGAAGGGCUUGAGGCUGGUACUGGUGCCAGGAUCUUCACGUGUCACUUUGGGCAUCAUGCUGGUGUUGGUACUGAGUUUCCUGCCCAGCUUCUACUGUGCCCUGGGAUCAGCACGUUACUCUUCCUAUGAAAUAGUCACCCCUGGGGCUCUGACAGUUGAGGGAAGGGAAGACCCAGUGGGAAAGGUAUCUUAUGUGAUAUCUGUGCAGGGCCAGAAACUGCUGAUCCACCUGAAGGUGAAGAGAGACCAUUUUGUCCAUAACUUUCCAGUCUUCAGCUACCACAAUGGCAUCCUGGGACAAGAAAGGCCUUUCAUCUCACGUGACUGUCACUAUGAAGGCUACAUAGAAGGAGUCCCGGGGUCUUUUGUUUCUGUCAACACCUGUUCAGGCCUCAGGGGCAUCCUGAUUAAGGAGGGACAGCCCUAUGGCAUUGAGCCCAUGGACUCUUCAAAACGGUUUGCACACGUGCUGUACACCAUGGCACAUCAAGCUCGAGUCUCCUGCAGCGUCACUUCCAAAGAAAGCCCAGUGGGGUCCACCAGCAGGCCACCAGGGAGCAGGAAGCCUGGUGGUCUACAGGCACUGUCCUACUUGUGGUCACACGCCAAGUACGUGGAGAUGUUUGUUGUGGUCAACAACCAGCGGUUCCAAAUGUGGGGCAGUAACGUCAGUGAGACAGUCCAGAGAGUGAUGGACAUCAUUGCCCUGGCCAACAGCUUCACUAGGGGAAUAAACACAGAGGUGGUGCUGGCUGGGAUGGAGAUUUGGACCGAGGGCGACCCCAUAGAGGUCCCAGCGGACCUGCAAGUGGCACUCAGGAAUUUCAACAGCUGGAGACAGGAGAAGCUCCUCCAUCGUGUGAAGCAUGACGUUGCCCACAUGAUUGUUGGACAGCAUCCUGAACAGGGCAUGGGGCAGGCAUUUCUCAAUGGUGCCUGUUCCACAGGCUUUGCAGCAGCUGUGGAAUCCUUCCAUCAUGAAGAUGUCCUCCUGUUUGCAGCGCUCAUGGUCCACGAGCUUGGGCACAACUUGGGGAUUCAGCACGACCACUCGGCCUGCACUUGUCAAGAUAAACGCCUCUGCCUCAUGUAUGAAGAUAUCACUAAAGAAAGUGGCUUCAGCAACUGCAGCUCUGACUACUUCUACCGGUUCCUGCAGGAACACAGAGGGGCCUGCCUAUUUAACAACCCUCAGCACAAAGGCCGCUUGCGGAGGGAUUCCACCUGUGGAAAUGGGGUGGUGGAGGGCGAGGAGCAGUGUGACUGUGGUAGUGAUUGUCUGCAUAACCUAUGCUGCGACCGAACAUGUCACCUGAAGGAUAAUGCAGUGUGUAGCUCUGGACCUUGUUGUAAUCAGUUAUGUCAAUAUGCAGCAAAGGGAACAGCAUGCCGUCCUGCUCUGGGAGAAUGCGACCUCCCAGAGUACUGUAGAGGUACCUCUGGGGAAUGUCCCCCAAAUAGCUACAAGCAAAAUGGCACUCCAUGUGGUGCAAAUUACUGUGUUGACGGUAUGUGUGGCAACCCUGAUCAUCAAUGCCAACAGAUUUUUGGGUCCUCUGCAUUGUCUGCCCCACGACAGUGUUAUGAGUUGGUAAACAGCAAAGGGGAUAGGUUUGGAAACUGUGGCCAUCCCACUUCUGGUAAUCCAGCAUAUGUUCAGUGUAGAGAUGAGAAUAUAUUCUGUGGGAAAAUUUUAUGUACAGAGGUUGACAGACUACCAAAACUCCUACCCCUUCACACAGUAAUCCAGAUUUCUCAUGGAGGUAAGUUCUGCUGGGGCAUGGAUGCCUAUAACAUUACUGAUAUCCCUGAUGAUGGGGAUGUGCACCCUGGCAUUUCUUGCGCCCAAAAUAAAGUCUGCAUGAAUUACUCCUGCACUGAUCAUGCUGUGCUGAACUAUGACUGCGAUCCAGCGAGAAUGUGUAGUGGGAGAGGGGUCUGUAACAACUUAAAGCACUGCCAUUGUGAGGCCGGCUAUGCCCCUCCUGACUGUAAAAGCAUAGGUAAUGGGGGUAGUGUGGACAGUGGUCCCCCUGGUGAGCCAAGUACAGAAAACCCAGGAUUUCAUGAAACUAGCCGUCCUGUCAAACAUGAAAAAAUCUUAGAUAGGAUGAUAUUAUUAUUCUUUUUACUUUUCCUCAUAAUAUUAGCAGUUGCAAUUAUUUGCAUGUGUAUCACGUGUAAACGUGCCAAAGAAAAGACAGAAGAGGUAAAAGAAAAGACAGAAGAGGUAAAAGAAAAGGCAGAAGAGGUAAAAGAAAAGGCAGAAGAGGCAAAAGAAAAGCCCCCAGAAGGGCCACCUAACCUACAACAGGCAGCAAUAAAAGAGGAGGAAGCGAAAGAAGCGGAAGCAGCAGCAGAAGAGGAAGAAGAGGAGGAAGAGGGGGAAGAGGGGGAAGAGGGGGAAGUGGGGGAAGAGGAGGAAGAGGAGGAAGAAGGACCAUAA